UAGUUCAUGCAUGGCUUGGUGUUGGACAUAGAGGAGAGUCCCUGCGUGGACUCCGAUUCUUUGGGUGGAAGUCACAUGGAGGAGAAGAGAAUAGCCGAUUUCCUCCCGGGAUGCAAAGCCGGGGCAAUGGAGAACAAGAAAAGAAGAAAAACGUGGGACAUUUGCCUAUCCCUUCCCCACUCCUCUGCCUCCGCUGCCGACUCUCUUUCUCCUCGCGUUCUGCUCUCCCGGCUGCGCCUCUCGCUCCACAAGGCAUCGCCGGCCCGCGGCGGCGGAGCGGGGGAUGGGAUCGGAUGCCGGAUGCGGUUCCCGAGGCAUCGCUCUUUUAAGAAGGAGAAGGACGAGGAGCGAGGGGAGGUGGAAUGCGAGGAGAAUGAGGCGGAGGUGGGCGGAGGGAAGGUGGUGGAUUCACCUGUUUCGGCGCCGCCGGCGAGCGGGGGGAGGGCCUCGCCGUUGCCGGACUCCGCCAUUGUGGAUGGAGGCAGGGAGGGUUCCGGCGAGACAGGAAGGAAGCCAGAAGAAGUGUCUUUAAACCUAGGUAUGGGGAUAGGUCUGGUCUUUCUCUUAGCCAGGAGCGCAACUGAAUUCGAUAAGAUGGUAGAACUGCGGGCGCAGAUGGAAACGCUGCUUAAAGACAUUAAGGAUGAGAUCCAGAGGAAGGAAGUACCUCCUAACAAUACAGAGUCAAAUAAUAUUAUUGGCUCUUCUGCAUCUAAUAGCUUUGGAAAUGGAAAUACAAGCAAUUCCAUAUCUUUGCGAAAUGAUAGAGCAUCUUACCAUUUGCCAAGGUUGCACAGUGCCAUGGAAUCUGCUGCACAGUCCAAGUGUGAUACGGCCCCAGGAAGCAAAAGGUGCUUGAAGGUUGAUCAAAUAGAAGCAGAGCUCGAAAUUGAACUAGAACGUCUGCGACUCGAUUUGGGAGACAAAGAUUCAUCUGCUUAUCUACAACCACACGGAAUGGAGUUGACAAGCGGGAAUACGGAUCCUUCUGAGAACUUAACCCAAAGUUCUGAAGAAGGCAAUGAAGCCGAAGAAAGAAGUUUUCACUAUGGGGUUAACCCACGAGAGCUGGAAAGGAGAUUGCAUGAGCUUCUAGAAACAAGACAGCAAGAGAGGAUAGCAGAGCUAGAAUCUGCACUGGAAUAUGCUGAGAGAAUGCUACAUGAAAGGGACAGAGAGAUAUGCUGGUGGAGGGACACUGCAAAGCUGGUCUCACAUCAUAAGGAUGAAACUCUAUUUAGGUAAUUGUGCAGGUAGAACAUAUCAUAUCAUGCAGCAUUUUCUUGGAAUAUUUUGGAUGCAUGUGUCAGCAGCAAAGAAGGCUCAUAUUUUGAAGCAAUGCAUGUUUCAAGUGAUUGAUGGUGGUGAAGCUGAAAUGAAGAAUGCGACGAGUUGAAUCAGAAACUGUUUGGCUUGGUAUUGCACUUCAAGAUGCAAUGAGUCAGAUUUUGCCAUAUAUGUAGACUUCUGUAACAUCCAUCCUCCUGAACUCCAUUGA